UUGACAGUUAAAACUGUCUCUGACAUUAGACUGAGUCACACAGAGACUCCAGCUGUGCAGCGAACAGACACAAACCUACAACUGAGAUAACAGCAGACUUUACAACAGUAGAAGAUACAACAGUAGAAGAUACAACAGUAGAAGAUACAACAGUAGAAAAUACAACAGUAGAAGAUACAACAGUAGAAGAUAUAACAGUAGAAGAUACAACAGUAGAAGAUACAACAGUAGAAGAUACAACAGUAGAAGAUACAACAGUAGAAGAUACAACAGUAGAAGAUACAACAGUAGAAGAUACAACAGUAGAAGAUACAACAGUAGAAGUUACAACAGUAGAAGAUACAACAGUAGAAGAUACAACAGUAGAAGAUACAACAGUAGAAGAUACAACAGUAGAAGUUACAACAGUAGAAGUUACGAUUUGAAAACAAAGAACCUAAACAAUUAAAGACCAUGGAUAUUGAUGAUCAUAUAUAUGGAAACGAAAGACCCAUCAUGCCCUGCACGAAGGAUGGAGUUGGUGAUCAACAUUCAGUGUCUUGUCAGUGGUGGAAGAGAUACUCUGGAGCUGCUGCAGUGUGUCUGGGGCUGCUGUGUGUUCUCCUACUGGCUGGGAUCAUAGGCCUGUUUCUCUACCAGAGAAACCAAUUGACCAGUUCCAACACCCUGACUGAAGAGAGGGACCAGCUACAGACCAGUUACAACACCCUGACCAAAGAGAGAGACCAGCUACAGACCAGUUUCAACAUUCUGACCAAAGAGAGAGACCAGCUACAGACAAACUACAACACCCUGACUAAAGAUGGAGACCAGUUACAGACUAGCGACAACACCCUGAUCAAAGAGAGAGACCGGCUUCAGAAAGAGAUAGAACGUCUGAAACAAUCUUUAGUUGAGAAAGUGUGUCCGCAAGGAUGGAAGAAGCUUGGUAGCAGUUGUUACUACGUCUCUACUGAGUACAAAUCCUGGGAGGAGAGCAGACAGGACUGCAGAAAUAGAGGAGCACACCUGGUGGUCAUCAAGAGCGAAGACGAUCAGACAUUUGUCAAUUGGUUAUGCGGGGUAAAGAAUUAUGUCUGGAUUGGUCUGACUGACUCUGUUUCUGAGGGGACCUGGAAAUGGGUGGACGACACACCACUGACCAGAAAGUAUUGGAACAGUGGAGAGCCUGAUGGUGGUGGAGCAGAGAACUGUGUGUAUUUCUACUCCUGGUCAUCAGACACAGGAGAAUGGUGGGACUAUUACUGUUACUAUAAAUUCAGAUGGAUCUGUGAGAAAUAGGAUUCAUCCUCGGUACUCUCUGAACUGCUAAAUAAGAUUAUGCUAAGUACUAUCAAUCGUAAACUAUUUUAUGCUUAUUCAAUUUACCUUGUCAAGAACAUACAAUAUAUAACAAGACAAAUGUAGAAUACAUUAUAAUAAAACUAUAUGCAAUAACAAUACAAUGACUUGAUAAGAGAAGGACUGUUCUGUCUGUUGUUGAGGAAAUUCACCACUUAGGACUCAAAUUCAAAGGAAAUCAAUCUUUAUUAUCACAGUCACAGAGGUUCACUGACUCAAUACAAUCCUGAUGUUAAUGUUUAUUAUUAUUACUUUUUAGUUUAGUCUACUUGCUAA